AAAGAAUAAGUAAAUAUGGACUCUGUACGGUGUAAAGAAAGGUGGGAAUACAUCAUGACUUGUAUUCCGUCCACGGACAUGGACACGGCUGGAACUGUUCUCACCGUGCUUCUCCUUUUGUUACUCAAUUUUCCAUUGGGCACAGAGUCGUUGGCUGUCACAAGGAAUCGAUCGAGUCGUUCGGUUAGCAGGACGUCGUUGCUGUUGGAUGAACCAACUCUUCAAGUGGCAACCAACAACGACGACGACUCUUUCGUUUACAAAGUUGUCGACAGCAGCAGCAGCGAAGCAACAACGCAACAACUGCCGUUGACAGCUUCUCGUCCACCGAAUAAUAGCAAUUAUUAUUACUCGGUUCGUUCAGCUUUCAUUGCUGGCCUUCGCGUCGAAGAUGCGGACAAAGGAGUCUCUUAUGAUGCAAAUGGAACUCCGAUCGUUCAAGCUGGAAAACCGGUGACGGUGCGCUUAUUUGGCGAUGAUUUCAAUCAAGAUUCGCAGUUCCGUUUCGUCGUGACGGCCCGUCAGAGAGGAGAUGAUUGCGAUGAUUUGCCAUUCUUUGCCGCAGUCAAUGUCACGAAGAAUUCGCUGACGAGUUUCUCGGCCUUGAUCGCUUUCCGUCUGCCCAGCUUAUCGGGCCUUGUCCAUUACGCGUCCGACAGCAAUGAAACGGAAGAAGCGCCGGCGUUCUACGUCUGUUCUAUGGCCAUGGCAUUUGACGGCCGGGUCCAUUGGAUUCAUCAAGGCAAAGAGCCAGGAGUCAAAUUGAGGACCUAUGAAAAAUUAUUGCCUCUUUGGUUUCAAGUGCUUAUCAUUGCCGUUCUGCUGUCACUCUCGGGCCUAUUCUCUGGCCUCAAUCUCGGUUUGAUGGCCCUAGAUCGUACGGAUUUGAAAAUUUACGAAAACACGGGCUCUGACAACGAGAAGCGCUACGCACGGGCUAUAACUCCCGUGAGGAAUCACGGCAAUUAUUUGUUGUGUACCUUGUUGCUUGGUAACGUCUUGGUUAAUUCUUCGUUGACGAUCUUACUCGACGAUUUGACAUCGGGCAUCAUCGCCAUUGUCGGAUCGACGAUGGGCAUUGUCAUCUUUGGUGAGAUCGUUCCUCAGGCUAUUUGCUCCCGUCACGGAUUAGCCGUCGGAGCCCAUACGGUUUGGAUCACGAAAUUUUUCAUGCUGCUCACGUUCCCGUUAUCGUAUCCCAUCUCUUUGAUCCUGAACUUGAUACUUGGCGAAGAGAUUGGAGCCUACUACAAUCGGGAAAGACUUAAAGAAUUAAUCAAGGUAACAAACGACUAUCACGAUCUGGAGAAAGAAGAAAUCAAUAUCAUCUCUGGAGCUUUGGAACUGAGGAAGAAAACGGUGGGCAACAUCAUGACCCGACUGGAUGAUAUUUUUAUGCUCAACUACGAGUCUGUGCUGGAUUUCGAAACGGUUUCAGAAAUCUUGAAACAAGGUUUCUCUCGAGUGCCAAUCUACGACGGGGAAAGGACCAACAUCGUCGGCCUGUUGUUCAUCAAGGAGCUGGCCCUAGUGGAUCCUGAAGACGCAAUUCCGUUGAAGACUCUGUGCAGGUUCUAUCAGCGACAGUGCAACUUUAUCUUCGAGGACACGACGCUCGACAUCGUCUUCAAGGACUUCAAGGAGGGACAUAAGGGGCACAUGGCUUUUGUCCAGCGAAUUAACAAUACUGGAGAUGGUGACCCUUUUUACGAAACGGUCGGAUUGGUCACUCUGGAGGACGUCAUCGAGGAACUCAUUCAAGCUGAAAUCGUCGACGAAACUGAUGUCUGGAUUGACAACCGGAGCAAACGUCGGCGCGAUAAAAGCAGAAUGCUUCAAGACUUCAGCAGCUUCGCCGUGCAGUACCGGGUGCAGGCCACUCACAAAAUCUCACCUCAAUUGGCGUUGAGCGCCUUCCAGUUCCUCAGCUCGUCCGUCGAUCCAUUCCAUCCCAGCUGGAUCUCCGAGAACGUCCUACGCCGUUUAGUGCAGCAAGGCCCCGUCAUCCAGUUCAUCCGAUUCAACAAAACGAGACAAAAGUACGAUCCGGAUUGUGACUCGACUCCGACGGACGUAAACUUCAUUUAUCAACAAGGUAAACCGGCCGACUACUUCGUAUUGAUCCUGGAGGGUCGUGUUGAAGUGACAGUCGGCAAGGAAAAACUCGUCUUCGAAAGCGGCCCAUUCAGUCAUUUCGGUUCGCACGCCCUAAAUCUGACGACUGACGGAGUAGCCGAACUUGAUGAACUUGGUGAGUCGACAAGGCCACUUGUCAAAUGCAGGAGAGGCAAUGGGACUCGAGCUUUUUCCAUAUCCGAAGGCGGAGUCAUCAGCGGUGGCCUAGCUGGGCAGCCAUCGCCUUUGCCGCAAGGAACUCAUCAGAUGUUCGUCUCUGAUUACACGGUCCGUGCAAUGACUGACGUCACAUAUUUGCGCAUCAGCCGAUUCCUCUACCAAGCAGCUCGAAGUGCCACUCUUUUAGAAAGGGCUCAAAUGGCAUUGGGCAACAGCCAACUCAGCAUCGAUAGCACCAACGCAACGGUAGAAUCAUCUCAAUUUACCUCGACAUCCGACUCGCCUGACCACCGCUAUUCGGAUGCUUCAACCGAGAAUCCGAGCAUCGACGAUCAUGUUCGAGAAUCCUUCACGUGUUCUGACGAAACCGCUAGCACCAAAGAUCGGCCGUAAAUCAUUUUCAAUAAUUUUCUUUUCAAUAUUCAACACUUUAUCGUGCCUAUUCUCGUAGGAUUUAUGAACGCACGUUGUAGACUGUAACGAUAAAUCAACAUUGAAUCUGUUUUCAAUGAAGCUUUU